UUUUGUCUAUUGUGAUUCAAAUGAACUCCGCUAUGAACAUAACGCGCUAUUGAACAGUGGUUUGACCUUUAUUUGCAAGUUUGUUGAUAUUUUAAGUAUCGUGUUUGCCUUACUUGUAGUCAUUGAGUGACACUCUCUUGCUAAAGAUUAAGAGGAAAUGACGAACACAAUUAGUUAUUGGUCAUGCAAUCUACUACAAGGAAUUCGAUCACAGCGGAAAAAUACACACAAUAUUGUUUGACUUAUGAGCAAUGUGGUUGCCAUGAACUUGUGCCUUUCAUCGAUCAAAGAUGUCUCUUACACCGUGGAACUUCAAACAUUUGGAAGUAGUCGGCACAAAAUGUUUAAGUCCGCCCGACUGGGCCGAGAUUCGUGGACGAAUCCCUCAACUAAAGGUUGAAACGCGUAAGUGGAACAAUGACAGGAAAGCGUCUCAAGAUAUACAACCGAAAAUUGGGUCUUCCACUGAUAAGCGGCAAACUCUCUCAUCUGUUAAGCCGCCAAAGGAAAAAAUCGUCACUGUUAAAGUUGUGUUGCCUAAGCAAAAAGUCGAAGUUCCUGAAAGAAAUUACCUAUGUAUAUGCGAGGAAGCUCAGAAUGAUCACGAAAAGGCUUUGAGAGACCAUGAAGACGACGUAGAAGAAAUCGAAUUUAAUGAACUGAUGGUAUUACUUUUAAAAUACUGCGAAGGUCCCAGAAAAGAAUCGUCAAAGGCUUUCAGAAACAUCGUAAGAGGAUUGCAAGGGAGUAAAAUUUUAACAGAUGAUCAAGUGGUGCAGGUCUUGAAAUUGCUGAAUGCGGAUGAUUCUGGACUUAAGGCAAGCGUCUUGUUAAUGAUAAGUCAAUUGUGCACAAGUACCUUGAAUGCCAAAAAGUUCUUGGAGAAAGGCCUGCUUGGGGAACUAUUAAAUUUACUGCUUUUGGGCGCAGAUGACGACAUAAAGAAGGAAGCGGUGUUUUGCCUGAAUAAGGUAGUCGAGAAGACAGAACACGUCGAACUCUGGUUGGAUGUGAUGACCAAAACAGGAACAGAAGUACUAUUUGGAUUGCUUUCCUCGCAGGAUCCUUUACAAUACACGAUCCUAACAGCAAUCAAGAAUCUUUCUGCGCAUCCCAAAAUGGCACAGAUCCUCAUUCAGUAUGGACUCGAAGGGGUUACGCAGCUGUUACCGAGCAAGAAUCCACAACCAAUGUAUGCUGAGAAUCCUGAACUGCAGGGCCUAGUUAUUGAUGUGCUGACAAACUUGAUUUCCCAUGAUUGCUCUACGGUCGAGACGUUUCUCUCCGAGUAUGAUGACGUCAUCAUAGGUGUCACGAACCUGUUGCAGUACAGGUCUUGUCUUCAACAGCAGAAGUCUGCACGUUUUUUAGCGACUUUGGCAUUUUACAAACAAGGCCUCAUAGUAAUCGCGUCCCACAAUGUUGUAGAACAUCUUCUGUGGGCUGUGACCUGUUCUCAGUGUAGACGUGUCAGGGAACAGGCGAGCAUAGCACUCAGAAACAUAUCCAAGAAUCCGGACAGGGCAUCAGCAUUCUCUGCUUUGAGCCAAGUCUCUGUUAGAAAAAUUACGUCUCAGAAUGAUCUAAGUCAGCACUCGGACAGCUCUGGGAUGUUUUCAUCAAGUGAGAACAACUUACAGUGGCGGUCGUGGUCUGAUUUGCCAGGGACUUCAAAUCAUGGUAUCUCGGCGGACAGAGGUUCAGGCUCCAAAUCCCAAACAACUGUUUCAGAGUUAACUUCUCUUCUAACGCUUGUAUUCGAUAGCGAUGCACUUUGGAGUAGCGGCUCCGAGAGACAGUUUAUAUCGAGGACAAGUAAUUCGAAUGAUCUCAGACAAAUAAGGCUGAGAAAGAUGAAUGACUUUACUGGAAAAGAAAAAUAUCUGAGAAGUUUACACGUGCUUACUAACUGUUUGAUGAUUAUGUCAAAUGUGAUUUUGAUCAGCGAGGAAGUGGAUGACCGAAGCGGGGAUGAAUCUGUUGAAGAAAGACGGUUAAACCUCGUGGCGCACAUGAUUCAAAACGGUGGUCUAAAAUUUCUUCACGAGCUAGCGUUCCUCAGUGACAGAUUAUUCAAAGUGAAUCCUCCCUCUUUUCAUGACAUCGACCCCUCGACACUUCCCCCGAGAGAAAUCACAAGAACACUGAAGCACGCACGGACGGAGCUAAUAUUUGAGAGUACAAGUAAAAGAAAAGAAUCUUGCAAAAGCUAUCCAGAUUUUAGAUUUGAACAGAAUGAGAUUGAUUUUGUUAAAGAAGCAGUGAAUUUGCUUUGCUUGUUUGCUAAAGCCACAGCGCCCGAAUUUGACCCAUCUAGAGAAGACGUGAAAAUUUUGAAUAGUUCACGAACCAAAGCGACAAAGAGACACAUCUCAUUUCAAAAGUCUGCAAUACUGGUGAAAAACGUCAUGAAGAUCUCAAAAGGAGCAAAAGGUCGUAGGAUGAUCCGAAGAGGAAGCUCAAGCUCUUUAUCACGCAUAGUAUCUCAAGCCAGUGUUACUUCCGUCUCGUCAUCAAAGAGCUUACAAUCCUCUUCAGUUCAUGAACGACCCAGUACUCUUACUCAGAUGACUAGUACCCAAGACUCGCGCGAGACAACACACUACGUCAAACAAAGUCUUCUUGAUGCGAAGGUUAUCUCGUGUUUGGCGCCGUGGAUUAUGUGUGGGAUUUACGAGAUUCAGGUUAAUGUGUUGAAAACCAUAAGGUUUCUCCAACACAGCAAAUACUCUUCCUCAGGAUCUCCCGGUCAUCCAGCGUCGAAAGAAGCCUGGACCACGAGGGGGCCUUCAUCUUUAACAUCGCGCAGCAGCACCCUUAGUCAAAGGUCUUCCAGUUCAGCAGCUCCUGUUCGUAAUGCCAUGAACAAAUCGAAGUAUUUGGGAAUUACAUGUGUUCGACAUGUGAUUCAGCACUGUGGAGGGUAUUUACUAGAUUCCUUGCGGCCUCCAGCGCCGUCUACUCUGGGAAAGACGACGCUUAUGGUUUUGAGAGAAGCUGUUGUUAACGGAGAGGCUGACACGCGUCUCAAAUUAGCCAAGCUUGGGUGCUUUGCUGAAGUAAUCGAGUACAUUCGGGGUAACGAAGAUGACGAAGCUAUUCAGGCGCUAGGAAUUGUGGUUCUAAGAAUCCUUGUGGGGAAUGAUGCUUCCUUAAACCAAUUGUUUUUAGCUCACGGAGGAAUGAACUUGAUAAUGGCUUUACAUCAAUACAAGGAGGGAAUUGUGAAAAAUGAAGCAGCCCUCGCCCUGUUCACUUUCAGAAGAGUAGGAGUGCAUGUCCCUGCAAGAAAGAAAUCAAGGACGGCUGAUGGGAGAAUCAAAAGGCGUCAGAAAUCAGCUGGCUGUGCUGAUAUCUGGGAGGAAGUUGGAGAAAAAUGGAAGUCUCAAGACCAAGUGUUAAAAGUUCUCAGGAAAUUUAACGUGCGAUAUUAACCGAGGAUACAUUACCUCUUUACAAAUACAGCACCCCGUUUAACAUUUGUUCCCCUUCAAACUGUGAAUUACUAUGCGUCCAUAUCACUGAAAAGGUGUCUAAGUUUUUAACAAGUUGCCGUCAUACACUGGAGCAUCAACGUUGGCUGUAGAGUCUACAGGUGGUUUCCAUCUCUACUGAGCCUAAGACGCCCAAGUUUGCUCUUUUCGCUCAUAUUCAAUUUAAGUAGAUAGUCCAAAGAAAAAAUGAUCGACAUAAAAUUUACAUUUUUCUCAUUU